AUGGCUCAGCCGUCAUCAAAGACGUAUCCGUUCCCUUACUCACAAGCUGCACAGCUUGAUGACAGGAUCAAGGGUCCCCGUCCGAUUAUCGAUCCGACCCUUACGUCCCUCGUGGACUUCUUUCUCCUUCCUGAGGAGCUAGAUCUCGACUUGAUGAGAGGCACAACCGUCAGCAGUGAGGAAAACGAAGCGACAGCAUUUGUAUACAAUGCAGACACAGUUGUGCAGAGCGCACCGCACUUGGAGCACAUCGAACAUCACGUCCCAGGUCCCGAUGGAAAUGAUGUGAUUCUAUCCAUCUUCAGACCCAAGCAACCAACUUCCCCCAAUCUGCCGGUCGUGUACCAUAUUCACGGCGGCGGCAUGGUCGCUGGCGACCGUUUCAGCGCCGUGACCGAACUCUUGGGUCUCCUCAAGGAUGUCGAGUGCGCAUUUGCGUCCGUUGAGUAUCGACUUGCCCCAGAGACCCGCGCACCCGGGCCUGCAGAAGACUGCCAUGCAGGGCUCGUGUGGUUGUCUCAGCACGCAACCAGCCUGGGCCUCGACGCGGCCGGCAUAAUCGUGCUGGGUGUGUCUGGUGGCGCGGCCCUCGCGGCAGCCAUCUGCCUCAUGGCCCGCGAUAGGAAGUCCCUAGCGACUCCUGUCAAGGCGCAGAUGCUGCUGUCGCCCAUGCUCGACGACCGCUGCGCCAGCGUGUCGGAUCAACAAUUCGAAUACGGCAGUCCCUGGUCUGGCGUGUCGAACCGGAUGGCGUGGACGCAUGCGCUCGGUGAUGAUCGGGCCACCGACAGAGUGACGCCGUAUCAGGCGCCGUCCCGCGCCGUCGACUUGGCGAACCUCCCGCCGACCUAUAUCGACGCCGCUGAAUGCGAGGUGUUCCGUGACCCAGCCGUCCUCUACGCCAUGAACAUGUGGCGUUGCGGAUCAACCUUUGCGAAGCAGACUUGGCUCGGGAGGAUCAUGCGGGCCGUGGAUCUAGACCAAUAG